AUGCUGGUUCCUGGAAUUCUAGGGUUUCACGGCAUCCUCGUCGUUUGUUUGCUUGUUUUUGGCGUUGUAAUUCGGCAGAAAUGGAGGGAUUCCGCUGUCAGAAAGGUGGAGGUUACGAAUCUCCUCAAUGCCGUCGCCGAGGAAUCGCUCAUGGUGGAAUUCGAAGCUGCGAAUCAGUACAAUUCCAUGCCACGGUUCUAUCAAUGUGCUGUGUGUUUUCUUCCCACCACCACUCGUUGCUCCCGGUGCAAAGCUGUUCGUUACUGUUCUGGUAAGUGUCAAAUUAUUCACUGGAGACAAGGUCACAAGGAUGCGUGUUGUCCCUUGAUUUCUACCAUGCCAUUGAGAGAGGAAGGUAGCAUUGUUGGUGUAACAGCAUCACAAAAACAGUUAGGAAGUUAUAGUAAUGAUUCUGAGAUAGAAGGCAAUGUUUCUUCUGAAGCUGUAUCAAUGAAAGAUAAUGAUGUGAAUCUUAAGCCUUGUGCAGAUGAAGAAGGAACACAUUUUGAUUUUCCGUCUAGCAAUAUUGACAGACCAGAGAGACCUAGUGCUGAUGCUGUUACUCCUAUGCCUGGAACAAGGACUAGAGUCAAGAAGAUGAAACAGAAAAUGUCACCAUCUUCAGAGUCCAUUAAUUCAGUUGAUGAUAUAGGUGGCACUUCUCUUGCAAGUAAAUCAAAUGAUAUGCAAUUGAGUCAAAAUGAUGAAGAGGUUAACUUCAGAUCGCAGCUUCCGAAUGGGAAGACAACCAUGCCAAAUGAUGUCCAACCGGGAAAAUUGGGUGAUAAGAAGCCUGUUGGAGGAGGUGCUUUGCCUGAAUUGUUAAUUAAAGACCCUUCUAAAUCCAGGAGCUCUUUAUUUUUGAGUUCUUCAAGGCCAGAUUCUGUAAUUAAAGAUAGUAAAGAUGAUUUUAAGCUCCCUAAGGGAAAAGAUAUUCCAUCUUCAUCAUUUUCUGCUCCUCGGACAUCUUCGGCUGCAGCAGGUCAAUCACAUACCAUAUCUAGGUCUGUGUUCCUCACAAAAAAUAAUAAUAUUCCAAGCCUGCCACAAAAUGCUUGUCGUGGGUUUAAAACAUCGGUGCAGAAGGUUGUGCAGCAGUUUAGAGCUUCCAAACCAUUGAAGUCUCAUGUGCUUGGUUCAGAGACUGAGGUUGCUGAAAAUUACAACGACAAGACAAUAUUUCCGUAUGAUCUAUUCACGAAACUUUACUCUUGUGAUGAGGUGGAAUUAUCCCCAUUUGGCCUUACAAAUUGUGGAAACAGUUGUUAUGCUAAUGCUGUGCUCCAAUGCUUGGCAUUUACUCAGCCUUUGAGUUCCUAUCUUGUUCAAAGGCUCCACUCCAGAGCUUGUCGAAAGAAAGAGUGGUGUUUCAUUUGUGAGUUUGAGCGCCUAAUUCUGAAGGCAAGGGAGGGAAACUCUCCUGUGUCCCCCAUAGGUAUACUAUCCAAGAUUGAAAAAAUCGGAAGUCAUCUUGGUCAUGGGAGAGAAGAAGAUGCUCAUGAAUUUCUAAGGUGUGCUGUGGAUACAAUGCAAUCUGUUUGCCUCAAGGAGGUUGGGACCCAAGGAAAAUUAGCAGAAGAAACAACUUUAAUAGGCUUGACUUUCGGGGGUUUCCUUUUAUCUAAGAUCAAAUGCUUGAAAUGCCACAGUAAAUCUGAGUGGUGUGAGCGGAUGAUGGAUCUAACUGUUGAGAUAGAUGGGGACAUUGAAACACUUGAAGAUGCUCUUGCCCAAUUUACAGCUACUGAGAUCUUGGUUGGAGAGAACAAGUAUCAUUGCGACAGGUGUAAAUCAUAUGAGAAAGCCAAAAAGAAGUUGAUGAUAUUGGAGGAGCCAAAUAUACUUACUAUUGUCUUAAAAAGAUUUCAGUCUCGAAACUUUGGGAAGUUAAAUAAAUCAGUUCAGUUCCCUGAUGUCCUCAACAUAGCUCCAUAUAUGAGUGAAACUGGCGACAGAUCUCCUGUGUACAGUCUCUAUGCAGUGGUUGUUCACUUGGAUGUUACGCAUGCUGCAUUUUCUGGUCAUUAUGUUUGUUAUGUGAAGGAUUCUCAUGGGGAGUGGUUCAGAAUUGAUGACAGCAGUGUUAUGCCUGUAGAGUUGGAGGUGGUCUUAUUACAAGAGGCAUACAUGCUCUUGUAUGCAAGGCACUCUCCACGGCCUCCAACUUUGAUGAGAAAUAAUGUGGUGUGUCAUGGUGUGAAGUCCAAGAGGAGGAGUUGGGAAGCUGUUCCUUCUGGCCAUAAUGCUUCCAAGCAGAAAUCUAAAUCUGAUAUUCCAGCUAGGCAAAAGUUUGGUUUAACCAACAAUCAGAUGCCUUAUGGAGAUGAAUGGAGAUAUCAGUCAAUGCGAAGAAUUCCAACUGUAGAUUCAUUAAGUGAAAGUUCUUCCAUUUUCAGCUGGUCCGAUGCCAGUUCUUGCAGCACAGCUAGUACGAAGGAUUCUUCAAGGAGUGAGGACUUAACUGAUUUCAUAUUUGGUGAAAUGGGACCUAGCUGGUACAGCCGCUAUGGGAUUUUAUCAGACUCGGUUACAUCUUCCUCGCAGAACUUCAACACAGACCCAGAUGACUGGAGAGAGGGUUGGAGACAAGAUGGAAACCCUGAAAUUUUGGAUACUGACUCAAUUGAACAUUAUGAAAACUUAAGCCACCGGUUUGUUAGUAAUAGCAGAAAGGGCGUUAAUUCUGACAAUGUAUUCUCGGCUAAUCCUUAUGAUGUAAGAUUAAGGAGAGCAAGUGACAAUACGUCAGCUCAAACGUUUUAUCGAGGUUUGAGUUGAUAUUAAAUUAAGCAAUCUAUUGAAAUAUAAUGAAGAAAGUUAAUUAUCAGUCGCCCCCUAAUCUCUCUAGACUUGUUAUCCAUCUUUCCUUUCCGUUACUUCAUCUUUAAUUGGCAUCGACUGGGCUGGAGUAGCUGAAAUCGCAGUUUGAUGGAUAGAGAUUAUGGGUGAAAUGAAAUAGAAGUUUAUUAUUUACAACAAAUGCAAAUAUCUCCAAUCGUCACCAGUCUACCGAAGCCGCAAAAAUAACAUGAUGUUUACAAGAGCCAGAAAAUUAAUAGAAUGAUUGACAAGUCAUUCAGGCUACAAACACGUUCACCAGUCAACCGAAGCCCCAAAAAAGGAAAAUAAAUUUAAGGUUGGGGCAUAAGCGAGCGAAGAGGAAGAGGCAGGCAUUGAAAGUCUACUGCAAAAGAAAACAAAAACCAAAUGCCUGUGGCCACAACAAUACACAACUAUUGCCACAAGUUCAAUCAUCGCUCACUCUUCUCACUCACCCGCGCCAAGGCAGCUCCAAUGGUCACCUCGUUAGCUAGCAGUAGCCACGGCAACAGUGCAGGCGCAUACACUACAAUCAAAGAGAGAGUAACUUUUCAGAAAGAAAUCAAAAAGAGCAAAUUCAUCGCCAUCGCUGGACCUAUUUCCAACGAACAAUCUGCCCGUUCUUUCCUUUCUCAGGUUGGGGACCCUCGCGCUACUCACAACUGCUGGGCUUAUAAGGUUGGAGAUCAAUACCGGUCUAAUGAUGAUGGUGAACCUUCGGGUACUGCUGGCAAACCUAUUCAUUCUGCUAUUGUUUCUUCUGGUUUAGAUAGAGUUAUGGUCGUUGUCACAAGGUGAUUUUUUUUUUUUUUUAAGACUUUUGUGUUUGCCCAUUUCUUUUACUAGAUUUUUUUGGAAUAUUUUCUUGAGUUCCUCGUGAGGUUAGCUAAAG